AUGGCUGCCUCAAUCAAAGACCGCAUUGCCGCCCUCAACAUCGAGCAAGUGCAUGCCCCUGCACCCAGUAGUCGACCGACAUACACGUACGAGCAAGCGACAGCAGCGAAGAAGAAGCCACCGCCCCCUCCUCCGUCGCAAAGACCACCCGCCGCGCAACGGCACCAGACCGUGAACAAUCCGCCUGUGUAUGAUGCGCCUACCUCGGCCAGACACUUCGGCAACCAGCCUGCGCCUGUACAACCAGAACCGCCUAAGAAGUCACCAGCGCUACCUCCGCGACCCCCUCCGCGAAAUAACACGCCCAAGCAGCCGCCCAGUCUACCACCGCGCCAGCCCUCACAAGCAGGGAGUCUGAGAAGAAGCGGUUCAAGAGACUCGGUUCUUACGACUUCCUCUAGUAUAUCCCAUCUUUCCCUGGACUCAACCAAGACUACAACCAGCAAUGGCACCAGCAAUGGCGGGCGAAUGUACACUGUGCGAGCACCGGCGUAUGAUCCAACGACGCUGCCCCCGCUACCUGCGAGGAAAGUCGAGGAUCCCAAGCAGGACAGCUCCAUCAAGAAGGCUAUGCGAUCGAAUACAAAUGUAACCAGUCCAAAAUCGUUACCACCUCAACUUCCCUCGCGACCAUCCCUUCCUGCGCGACCUGCUUCUAAAGUUCACGUAUCGGAGAAUGAUCAAGCAGAAAAGCCGCGGAGGCUUCCUCCUCCCAAUCUACGGCCUACCCUGGAGCUGGGUUUCAACAACGUAGCCAAACCGCCUCCACUUCCUUCUAACGAUACAGGUCUCUUUGCCGCUCUCGCGAUGAAAGCUGGCUUGGAAGCCGUCGUAGUUGGAGGUCACGGCAAGGGCUUUGGACAUUCGCCUCUCAAACACGGCGAUCCGCUACCGCCGUUCAGCGCGGGUCAUGCAUGGAACGCAGUUCGUAUCGAUAAUGGUCAAUGGAAGCUAGUCGAUGCUUGCUGGGGCGCGGGUAGUUUGGGAUGCGGUAGUAACCAGUACAAUCGGCACUUCACUGCGUCCGAGUUCACGAGAAGUAAUGAGGACUUCGGAUACACUCAUUAUCCAGAGAACAGGGACUAUCUGUUCCGCAACGAUGCGCGAACGUACACUUGGGAAGAUUAUCUCAUGGAUGACCUCGGCGAGCGACUCCAAAUUUACGGCGACCCCGAAGGCGACCACGGUGUUAAUCGACGCACCUUCCAGCCGGCUAUGAAGCACAUCAAAGUCCACGACCCGCACGAUCCUGUAAUCCGCUUCCAGUUCGCCGUAUCAUGUCCACACUGGGACCACGAGCGGAACGGGAAAGGGAAACCGUACGUUAUGACACUCAACGUCGGCGGUCGAGAUGGGAGAAAGACACAACAUAUACCAUUUAAUACUGACGGCAAGAGCUGGUGGGUGGACGUCAACCGGAUCGACCUCGGUGCUCCGGGCCAGAAAAUUACUGUCUGCUUUGUUACGUCUUUUGACAACAAGGAUGGAAGAGGUCUUACGAUGCAGCAGUAUAAGGCGAAGCAGGGGAGAGUGGCUUCGGCAUGGGGGUCUAUGUGCUGCUGGGAACUGGUUUGA